AUGGAAACAUAGCAUAAAUAACUAGAUGUAAUAAGUUUCUUUUAGAAAUUAGGUCUCAGUCUUUUCCUAUAAGCCAGACUUCUCUGAUAAAUCAAAAAUAAUGUAUAAUAUUUCAAUCACCUUUGAAAACCAGUCUUGGAUUAUUACUAAAAGGUUGUUGUUUUUAUUAACUUAUGUAGAUAUUCUGAGUUCGAUGAUCUUUAUAAAUAAUUAAAGGUCUGUUUUAGAAAUUAGCUCCCAGAAUUACCUAAGAAAACUUAUACAUCCUUCUUAUUCUCCAAAACACAUGAUGAUAUUGAGCAAAGAAGAAUAGGACUUGAUAAAUUUUUAAAGGUUUAUUAAGCUUAUUAUUUUUAGUUGUUAACUUCAAAAUAGGAGAUUCUAUCCUCAAAUCAGAUGAAAGAAUUCCUAAAAUUAGAAGAACAUGCUAAAACCUUAGUAGUGAAUUAACCAUAAAUUAUUCAUGAAUUUAGUGGUUUCUUACAUGGAGUAAGAGACUUCAACCUUUGUAUUGGAUAAGGAAUAUUAUUUGUUGUGAAUUCUGAUUAUUCUAUAUUCAAUCGACUUGAUGCAUAUCUGACAAAUAUGAAAGGGCCUUGGGAAAAGGAAGAUGGGUAAUAGGCAGUGAUGCCAGUAGGAUGCAUAGAGUGUUGGAUUCAAUAAUAGGAUGGACUAUAUACACGUUAAUGGGCAAAGAUGUAUAAUUCAUAAGCCAUCUGUUGUUUUUGGGAUCCAUCAUCAUUUGUCUUAUUAGUAGGGUAAUUAUAUGAAUUAAAUCCUUUUUAGUCUUGAUAGUGGUUCAAUUAAUUAUCUUGAAGUACCAUAUAGUUAAGGUUUCAAGAAAUGUGAAACUGAUGCAGAAAUUCAACAGCAUUCAAGUAAAGUUACAGGAUUAUACUAUGAUAAUGAGAGAAGCUUAAUUCAUUCAGUAUCGAAGGAUAAACGAUAUAAAAUAAGAAAUGCCGUUAAAUCAAUAUACAUAUAUGGUAUUGAAAUUAGUUAUUUAUAGAUAAUGAAAUAAGUCCAUAUGAAUUAACUGAUUUAGUAGUUAGUAAGUCUCGCAGAAAGUCAUUUGUGUCUGAUAAGAAUGGAUUUAUUUAUAUGUUUGACAUUAAUGAGGUAUUUAAAACCAUAAAUUAUAGGAUAAAGUAAUUUAGUUGAAUUUCAUAAAUACUAAUAUAAGACUAUUAAAAUGUUUAAAAUUAGAUUCAAAUUAAAAUCUUCUAAUGGCUAUUGGUUAAGAGACUGGAGAAAUAAUAAUGAUAGACAUAGGUUCAAUUAAAUGUGAAAAAUAACUUCGUUGGAUUGGUCAAAUAAAUACAAAAACAAAAGGAUAUAAAUUUUGUUGGUCAUAAAAAAGAAAGGAGUUGUUUGUUGGAACUAGUGAUGGUACAGUAUAAUUUUGGGAUUAUGAUACAAAAUAAUUAAUAUUUGUAUUGAAAGCACAUGAUUCUGAGAUCACAUAAAUGUAAUGGAUUGAAGAGGAUCAACAUUUAUUGACUUCUAGUAGAGAUAAGGAAAUCAAAACAUGGUUAUUACCUUUACAAUGGAAGAAUCAAUAAGUAAAAUGA